AUGGACAGACAGAAUGGUUCAACUGCUUGCUCGAAGAAUGCUUACGUCACUUCAUCGACGCUCACCAGAAGAACUGGAUACAACUGUGGAUCAUUCGCCUACCUAAGAGUAGAACUAGGAGACUUCGUGGCAUUCAUAGCAGCGGGCAACAUCCUCCUCGAAUAUAUAAUUGGCAACGCUGCUGUGGCCCGUUCAUGGACUUCAUACUUUGCCACUUUGUGCAAUCACCAUCCGAACGAUUUUCGCAUCCACGUUUCGUCUUUACCCGACUCCUACAACCAGCUCGACCCCAUCGCCAUCAUUGUGAUCAUCUUCAUUUGCACCUUGGCUGUAGCCAGCACCAAAGGCUCCUCCCGCUUCAACUACAUUGCUUCCAUUUUCCACGUUGCCAUCAUCCUCUUCAUUGUCAUUGCCGGCCUCACCAAGGCCAACCCGAAAAACUUCACUCCCUUUGCCCCCUAUGGCCCUCGUGGCAUCUUCGUAACCUCUGCCGUUUUGUUCUUUGCAUACGUUGGAUUCGAUGCCGUUUCGACAAUGGCUGAGGAAACUAAGAACCCUGCUAAAGAUAUACCUAUUGGUCUUGUUGGAUCAAUGGUGAUCACCACAUUAGCUUAUUGCAUUCUUGCAGUUACCUUGUGCUUGAUGCAGCCAUACCAACAAAUUGACGAGGAUGCACCGUUUUCAGUGGCUUUUGAGGCUGUUGGAUGGGGUUGGGCUAAGUACAUUGUGGCUGCUGGUGCUAUUAAAGGCAUUACCACCGUGUUGUUGGUUAAUGCUGUUGGACAGGCACGCUAUCUCACCCACAUUGCUAGAACCCACAUGAUCUCACCAUGGUUCGCCAAAGUGCAUGAAAGGACUGGCACUCCAGUGAAUGCAACAGCCACAAUGCUCGCUGCAACAGCAAUAAUCGCCUUCUUUACAAGCUUGGGAAUCCUCUCGAACCUCCUCUCUAUCUCCACCCUCUUCAUCUUCAUGCUGGUAGCCAUGGGCCUGAUCGUCCGACGCUACUACGUAGGCGGUGAAACGACACCAUCCGACCGAAACAAGCUCAUAAUUUGUCUGGUUCUAAUCGUGGGAUCUUCAAUAGCAACUGCCGUGUACUGGGGCUCAAGCGACGGCUGGAUCGGUUUGGUGCUGUCCAAUUCCGUAUGGUUUCUCUCAACUCUGGCCCUAUGGCUCGGUGUCCCACAGGCCAAAAAGCCUCGCGUGUGGGGCGUGCCGCUCGUCCCGUGGCUGCCUUCACUGUCGAUCGCUAUCAACCUUUUCCUUCUUGGCUCCAUCGACAAAGCCUCAUUUGAAAGGUUUGGAAUCUGGACUGGAAUUCUGUUGAUUUACUAUAUCUUGAUUGGAUUACAUGCUUCUUAUGACUCGGUCAUGGAGUCCAAGACUACAGCAAGAGAAGUUAAUAGCAGUUUGUGA